AUGAACUUUGACUCUGAUGUUGGGAAACAAGUGCGUAGAAAAUCGCCAAUUCAGGUUGCCUAUACUGACUACAUGAGUCCUUGUCAUUCUAAUUUCUCUUUAUCUCACCGCUGUCUUUUCCCACCUGUAGAUGAAGACGAUUCUUCAAGUCCGUCCAGCAGUUACCAGACAGGACCAGGUAUCAAAUCAUCACCAGAGAAUGCAGGUGAACAUGAUAACGAUGACAGUUACGGCACAGGCAAACAGAGUUCUCCUGAGUCUGCUGAAAAAAACCAUGGCAGUAAUGACAAACUCGGAUAUUGUCCAGCACAAGUUGUCAGUAAUGAUAGUGUCAUAGUUGUUGUGGAAGAUCAUUCUGACCAGUUGGAUGAGGCCGAUGUGGCGUUGGAUCUGGUGGUGCGAGAUGAAUGCAACGAAACGCAUGAAGAAACAUUAGAACCAUCUCGUUGUAAUUCAGUGCCUUUGAUGAAAAAAGAUACUUCGAUAUAUAAAAGAGCACAUUCAGCAGAAUCGUAUAAAUAUAAACGACCAGAUGCAGUCAUUUGUGCAGGAUCGGUCGAAAUAGAGUGUUUGAUGCAUCGUGCACAAUUCUUCUUAGCACGAGCAUGUGAAGAAAAUAUCAAGUUGGCGAUGGAAACAUCAUUGUGGACAACCCAUCCAUUUGUCGAAAAACUUCUGGCUGAGGCAUAUCGGCGAGCUCCGGUUGUGAUUCUGGUUUUUCUUGCACGAAAUGCGGAUCAUUUUGCUGGUUUUGCACGAAUGUGUUCAGAAGCGCUAUAUAGAAGUCAACCAGCAAUGAGAUGGGUUGAUUUCAAAGGCGGUGGCAACAUCAAGCUGCAGUGGAUUACAAAGUGUCCGCUUGCACUUAGUGCAAGUGAUCAUAUUAAGAAUCCAUUCAAUAAAGAAAAAGUGAUAUAUGCUGCUGCAGAUGGUUGUGAAAUACAGCGUGCUGCAGGUCAGCGACUCUGCAGCCUAUUUCCAUUUGAUGACAGUGUUGAUUUGAGAGCACUGAAAAUGAAAAUUCGAGAUAAUUCACAAAAACUACCGUCUUUAUUAGAAACUGAAAUAUCUUAUUUAGAAUUCAGAAAUGCGAAGAGAAACCUACCGGUAAAGAAAACUUUGAAAGAUUUGUUGAGUGAAGAACGGCCUCCUGCUAUGUUGUUGUCCUCAUGUAGACAUAGUAGCCGUAGCAGGAAGAAUUGUGGAACAGAAAACUAUAGUUCUUCCCGACUGCUUCCCCUCAUGGAUGUUGCGGUUUCAUAUCCUUCAUAUAAAAGUGCUCGUUUACCGUCAUCCUUGAGAAAACGUCGUGCAUCGCCAAAGAGAUUAUCACCGAGGCGCCGUCCUUUGAUACACGGUCGUCAUCAUCAUUCCAAGUCAUCGGAUCGUGAGAAAACACAUAGCUCAGAACGAUCAUCAGGACACAAAUAUGAUUCAUAUCAAAUUCACACUUCAUCUAAAAAUAAUUGGCAUGAAAGUUCUCACACAGAACACGAAUUAUUUAGACGACAUUCAAAUCGCCAUCGAUAUUGA